AUGGCCUCAAAUGCCACAAGCUCUACCUUUGGACUUCAAGAGCGUUAUCGAAAUAUUAGGGAAAAAGAUCAACAUUCUGAAGAUUUUGGAGAAAAUGGAUCUCAAACUGAGAUAUGUUUGAACAAAAGCUUGAGUGAAUAUGUGGAAGUUUUUGACCGCCUUUUUUGUUCCAAAUGUUUGAUCUUUUGUUGUACUUUGCACGACUAUUCUGAUCAACAGAUUAUAUAUCCAAAAGAAAAACAACCAAUUUGGUCACCGGAAGGUGAGAAAGGACCAUGUGGUGUUCAUUGUGACCUUUAUAAUAAAGAUGCCAGAAUAGAAGGACAUGUUGAGGGGAACUCUUGUGUUUCAAAUUGGAAACUUUUGGAGAAAGAACUAUGUAUGAAGGGAAUAGAAAUGUUUGGGAGAAAUAGUUGCCUUAUAUCGAAGAACUUACUUUUCAUGAUGAAGACUUGCAAGGAAGUUGCUAGCUACAUGUAUGCUGAAGUUCCAAUGCCACAUGGAUCCAUGAGCGAAAAUGAAAACGAGCAUUAUCAAAAUAUCAAGGAAAAGGACCAACAUUCUGAAGAUUUUGGAGAAAAUGGACCUCAAACUGAGAUAUAUUUGAACAAAAGCUUAAGUGCCAGUUUGGAAGUUUUUGACCGCCUUUUUUGUUCCAAAUGUUUGAAAGAAAAACAACCAAUUUGGACACCGAAAGGUGACAAAGAACCAUGUGGUGUUCAUUGUGACCUUUAUAAUAAAGGUGCCACAAUGGAAGGACAUGUUGAGGGGAACUCUUGUGUUUCAACUUGGAAACUUUUGGAGAAAGAUUUAUGUCUGAAGGGAAUAGAAAUGUUUGGGAGAAAUAGUUGCCUUAUAUCGAAGAACUUACUUUUUAUGAUGAAGACUUGCAAGGAAGUUGCUAGCUACAUGUAUGAUGAAGUUCCAAUGUCACAUGGAUCCAUGGACGAAAAUGAAAACGAAGUUGAAGAAAGAUGGCAUUAUCUCCGUGAAUUACAAAUAACUUAUGGCCCUAAAGAUGUCGUUGAUUCUUUGUUUUAUCCUUUAUUUAAUGUUAUUAGUUUUCAGAUUGCAACAUUAUCAUGGUGUGUAAAAUAUGAUUGUUUGUGUGGAUUUGAAAGUGUCGUCCAUAUGGCUUGGAUUGAAGAGCUGUAG